AUGCAGUUGAAAAUGAAAGAAGGGAAUGAUGUUUAUGAAAUCCAAGCCAAUCCCCCUCUUGUGACAUUGAAACCAAAUUAUGCUUGCGAAUUUGAAAUAUCUCUAAAACCAAAUUUCACAUCAAAAAUAGAAGACAAAAUCGCGUGUGUGACUUUAAACAUCACUAAAGGGACAGAAGAUGUUAUUGAAAUACCAAUCAGAGCAACAACUGUCAUGUCAUAUCGUCUUGAUUAUCACGAAUUGAUAGAAGAUAAAAAAAUCGGAGAAGGCUCCUUUGGAAUAGUUUAUUUAGGCACUUUUAGAGGAAAUGUGGUUUGUAUCAAGAAGAUGAAAGAACUGUUAAUAAAUCAAAAAUCACAAGAAAAUGAAUUUGAGAAGGAAGUUGAUAUGUUGGCUAAAUUUAGAAGUGAGUAUAUUGUGCACUUUUAUGGAGCUGUCUUUGUGCCAAAUAACGUGUGUAUUGUCAACAUGGAUUUGCUCAACAUGGAAGUUUACAAGACUUGA